AAAAAAGUUAAGGAAUAUUUCAUUUCACUUUUAGCAUUGAAUGGAAUUCGACUUGAAGUAAUCAGUUUCACGACACAUUUGGCUGGUUUUACUUUGUCUUUUCCACGCUACACAAAGUUGAAUGGAUGAUGAAAGCUUCAACAUUGAUCAUUUGAAGCAAUGAUGGAUGCUGUUACUGUGCUGAAUUGUUGCUUACCAAACACUGAUUCCUACGACACAGUUCGAUCGAUUACCCAGGCGUAUCAGUUCGCCAUUUACGUUCCUUUUUCCUUCAUUUUCACGCGAUUAUUGUUCACACGGCUAAAGAAAUGUCACGAUACAGUCCUUGGAACUACGUACCAUUCCAUGCUAAAGGUUUAAAAGGGAUGAGAAGCGAAGAAACUGUUCCUGCUCGUUACAUCCGUACGAAGAUCACUUAGCGCAGCAACAAACCAUUCCCACAACACGUCCCAUCGAAUAUGGCAAUACGAGGCUUGGUUUCUCCUUAAAAGGUGUAAAACGCUAUCGCAGUCGUACUUUCUUUUCUCACUGUACUGGCGCACACCCGUUUCAUGUGGAAGUUUUACGAACAAACACGGAAACAGGAAAACUGGCUAUCGAGCAUUAAAUCCUUAUUGGAAAAGUAGUCCACCUGGGUGGUGUGUGUGCACACAGAGCACGGCAAUGAGUGCGUGCUGCUGCUCGUAUGUCUCGAACAUCAGUCGUAGUUGGCUUUGCAUCCAGAAUAACAGCGAGUGCCGGGUUGAUUUUGUGUCAAACUGAUAAAAAUAUCACCUUGAGAUAAAAAAAGAGAUUAAUACAUCCCCGACACAACCACAGUCUUCGGACGGUGUUGAGCUACUAAGGUGCUGCGACCAUUCGUUUAUCGCGAUAUCGUUAAUCCUUGCUAGAAGAACAAGGAGGAAAAGGAAAGAUUCGGGCUCUGUCAGCAUUUGUCUUCCAUUACCUGUACAGUAUUCGCCAGAACCCGCUUUGAAGUGGUGUUUCCAUUUGUGACGGUCAGCUAGCUUCAUAUUUCGCCUCUGGAAGCGUAGAGUUGCGUAAAGUGGCAAAAGCGUGAUAAGUGUAGCAGCAAAAGCGCUAUGAGUGCAUUGAAAUUAAAACCACUGGAAGAUUCGAACCUUUACAAACGCCGUACUACGUCGAAGGAAAAUCUUCUCCAAACUGUGGGCGGAAUCGGUGCCGUAAGCGAUAUGAUGCAUCGUCCCAGACCAGAAAUGAACGGGACGAUCGCGGACAAUCAGUCGCAAUCGCCACGGCUUAUGUCAGCGUGUUUGUCGAACGAACAACAACCACUGCCUGCACGCUCUCCGAUGCACAAUUUCGUCUCGUAUCCACAAUACCCCCAGGUGGAGAAUUAUUAUCAGCAACCGAAGUCACCGAUAAGAAUGGCGAGUAGCGGCGGCGGAAGCGGUGGGCCCUUUACCACCCCUAAUGUACCGAACGCUUCAACGUUGGGUGUGCAAAAAAAUGUACAAUUCCUAAUGUCUGCCUCAUCAGCACCUUCGAUGGCAAACAGCAGAACCGUGUACGAUGGCAGUUCUGCUACACAGCAGCGCCGGCCUGCAGUACCGUUUGAACAUCCACCCAGUCCCCAGGCCGGGACGGCACGUCAAGAGAACAUCAGCAACGUUGGACAACAACAUUCGCCCGGAACGUAUCAGAAUCUGCCGACCACCGUACCGGUAACACCGACAACACCGGGCCGAAAGAUGGAAUCUUGGGAACAAUUUGGCAGGUCUAACCUGCAAACGGUCGCGGCCGGCGGCGUUACCUCUAACAAUAUGUCGCUCGGUACCAUGCACUGUACGCGGUGCGAUGAAGGCUUCGAGCCACACGAGCGUAUCGUCAACUCGAACGGUCAGCUGUGGCAUACGCAAUGCUUUGUGUGCGCCCAAUGCUUCCGCCAGUUCCAGGACGGUAUAUUCUACGAGUUCGAGGGUCGCAAAUACUGCGAGAAAGACUUCCACAUCCUGUUUGCGCCGUGCUGCAAUAAGUGCAACAACUUUGUGAUUGGGCGCGUCAUCAAGGCGAUGGCCGCAAACUGGCAUCCGCAGUGUUUUACCUGCGAACGGUGUAGCAUACCGUUGGCUGAUUCCGGCUUUAUACGCAACCAGAAUCGAGCCCUCUGCCACGAUUGCAACCGCAAGGAGAAGGAGGUGGGGCUCGGUAAGCUCGUUUGCAACAAGUGCCAUGGAAUUAUUGAUGAUGCACCAUUGCGCUUCCGGGGUGAAGUGUACCAUGGAUAUCAUUUCAACUGUACUGCUUGCGGUGCCGAGCUGGAUUCGUCUGCUCGGGAGGUGAAGAAUCGCAGCGGUUAUGCGGCCAAUGACAUGAACGAAUUGUAUUGCUUGCGGUGCCAUGAUCGUAUGGGCAUACCGAUUUGUGGUGCCUGUCGACGGCCGAUCGAGGAGCGUGUUGUGACCGCGCUGGGUAAACACUGGCAUGUGGAGCACUUUGUGUGUGCCAAAUGUGAAAAACCGUUCCUUGGUCAUCGGCACUACGAAAAACGUGGCAUGGCCUACUGUGAAACGCACUACCAUCAGCUGUUUGGAAAUUUGUGCUUCGUCUGCAAUCAAGUCAUUGCUGGCGAUGUUUUUACCGCCCUGAACAAGGCCUGGUGCGUCCAUCACUUCUCCUGUUCGAUCUGCGACCAGAAGCUGGAUCAAAAGUCCAAAUUCUUCGAGUACGACGAGAAGCCGGUGUGCAAAAAGUGUUACGAACGGUUCCCUAACGAGCUGCGCCGUCGUUUGCGUAUUUCGCAUGAAAAUACGAUCAAAAAGCCCGUCCCGUAGACCUGAAAAGUCGAACUGGAAAAUUACACUUGUGUGCCAACUGAGAAAAGGGGAAAGUUCGAAAAAAAUGAGACCGGUUUUGAUAACAAUAAUCUUUUGUUUGUCAAGAGCAGGAAACCUCUGAAGUGUUCUACACACUCCACAGGUUAAUCAGUACUAACUGGUAAAACUAAUGAACAGUGCCUUUUCAUUAUGUAACAGAACAGCCAAGGAAGUUGUUUUCUACUUAACAAUUAUCUCUCUUGAUAUAAUUUAUAUAACAAAUUAUGGAUCAUUGAUACAGUUCUCUAUGUAAACAUUAACAAGGCCAUAUUUUAAUGAGUUUUAGUCAGUUUGUAACAGUGUAAACCUUAAUUCUUCUGUAACAUGUAUUUGUUACAAAUGUGACGGUGUUUGAAUGACCCAUACACAAUAGCACACGUACAAUCUAGCACAUUAACAAUAGUCAUUGUUUGUAGUAUUUUAUCGAUCUUAAUUAUUUUUAAAAUAAUUAACCUAAUGUUUUGUUUGUCAAACAUAUCGGUGGCGUGCGUCAGGCGAGCGCAUCAGUUCACGCUGGUGAGCUGGUGGGGAUUAACGCGAACCCACUACAGCGUGCUUGCGCUGGGUAGCAUUUUUGUUCUAAUAUUCUGUGUUGUUUAUUGCGUAAAAUAAUAAAAAAAACACUAGUAACAAACACAGCGUUAUUGAUACGAAAUUAGAGCCAGUUUUCGAUUUAUGAUACCAGAUCUUUCAAAACGAGAGAUAAUUCCCUUCCAGCGUGCAUGUAGCCGCUCUCGCACUUUCACACAACAAACAAAAACAAGCAACACAUGUCAAACACAGAUCACAGAUCAAACAAAAUCAGGACCAGCAAACAUGAGUAGGAGGCAUGUGAAUUAUUUUGUUCCUUAAGAAGAAAAUUUGAAAAUUUUGAAGAAAACCAGAAAGAAAAUAGCGAACAGUCACACAGUACUUUGUUUCUAAUAUGCGAUCGUGAGGUUGCGAGAGUAAGACAACAUAAAAGCACUCCAGCGUGCUGGUCUGGCAUAUUUAUAAUAAUUAACAUUACACUUUUUGUUAUAAUAUACCAGAGCUUCAACGAUAGUAUUUAUUAGAAGAUUUGCUUGUAAAUUACUUCGAACCGUACAAAAACAUCCAGCUCAGUACUCCCUGAUUAUGUGGGCCAAAUCCCAGUGCUGUGCGACGAAACAAUCGGCAUCCAGCUGCACACCACUGGCAGUACAGAUGGCCUGCGAAUAUUUCGGAUCAUUGCGGCAAUCACGAUACCAUAGCACCUCCAACAUGCGCUUCGUCAGUUCGUUUGCCUGGAGCUGACCGAGUUGUUAGUAGGCUGUUAGUCCCACGGGUCACUACCCACCUCCCACGGGUCACCACCCACCUCCCACGGGUCACCACCCAUCUCCCAAGGGUCACCAUCCACCUCGCACGGGUCACCACCCCAGUGGAGGAUCAAUCCCCUUGGAGGCCCAGGGCGGAAUUAUAAAUGGGGCCUCUAAUUUUAAAAACGAUGAAUUGGGGGGCAUUGAGGCCCUUGAAAUGAGGCAAAGCUAAAGGCGCAGUAAGAAGGGGCUCCUGAACUCACUUUGAAUCAUCCCAAGGGUAGUUCGCGGUCAAAUUUCGCCAGGGGCUUGCUCUAGCAUAAGGAGAGGGGGCCUAUGUAUACACCUUUAACUACUACUCACAUUUUUUGGGGCCUCCAACACGGCGAGGCCCUAGGCGACCACCUACUCCGUCUACCGUUUGAUCCGCCGUUGAUUCCUUUUCUCAACUCAACCACGAAUCCGACGAUCGAACUU